AUGACGUCCCAGGAGAUCCCCAGCGAUAUCGCCCUCCUUGCCGGCCCUCCUCUGCUCGGCCACCUUUUCAAUUACGGCCUCUUCGGCAUUCUUUCCGCUCAAGUCUACAGCUACUACAACGCCUUCCCUACUGACCCAGUCAGUCUCAAAGCCUUCGUCUACGGGCUAUAUGCCGUAGAAUGGGUCCAGGUCAUCCUCAUCAGUCAUGAUGCCUUUCAAGUAUAUGGCGCCGGAUGGGGUGACCUCAAUGCACUGACCAGCCCACAAUGGUUGUGGUUCGACAUACCCAUAAUGAGUGCCCUCGUUUCGGCCACCGUACAAUGUUUCUUCGCAUGGCGGAUAUUUAUCCUCAGCAACUCGCGGAUCCUACCUCCCUUUAUUGUUUUGCCUCAGAUUGCUCUCAUGCAAUGUGGUGCGGGAGUGGCUACUGGUGUCAUUACCGGACCAGCUCUGAACAACAACGCUCUCAUUCAAGAAAAAGCGAAGAAUGCCCUGAUUGUGUGGUUAGGUGGUAGCGCGGCGUGUGAUAUCAUUAUCGCGGUCAGCAUGUGCUUCCUGCUCGCGCGACAGCGGCAAGGCCUAGCAUCCGACAAGCUCAUCUCGCGCCUCAUAACGCUUUCAGUCGAAACAGGCUCCGUCACCGCAUCCUUCGCCGCGCUCGACCUCAUCUUCUGCUUGGCGUUCAAGCACAACAACCUGCACAUGCUCCCCGCGUUCAUGCUGAGCAAACUUUACACGAAUUCGCUCAUGCUCGUCUUCAACAACCGCACCAAGCUCCGACAGAUGCACGACGAGGCACUUCCUACGCCACGGGCGGGCCACGUGAGUCAACGCUGGGCGACGUCCUCUGAGCGCACGCGCUCGCGCGGCGGCGGCUUCCCGUCGCAAGAAAUCUCGCUCUCGAAGCUCUCGCGCAGCUCGCCGGGGAGCCACGAGCUCGGCGCGCACCGCGCCGCGGACGGCUUCGAGGCCGACGUCGAGCUGCGGAAGCCGCGCAUCACCGGAAGUACCCAGGUGCGCGCGUGGGGUCCGGGCGUGCUCUUGUAA